GAGCGUGUCGCGCGCGUCCUCCUCCUCCGGCUCCGCUGCGGCGCCAUUUUGGCGCGGGCUCCGGCGGGCGCGGCGGCAAGGCUGUAGGAGCGGCGCGAGGAGCGGCGCCCCGCCCGCCAUGAUGUCGUCACCGCCGCCGCCGCCCGCCUCGUCCUCCUCAGCGGGGCCCUCAGCGCGCCGCUUCGACGCGUCGGACCGGGCGUCGUGGUACGCGGGCCCGCUGUCGCGCGCGGAGGCGCAGGGCCGGCUGCAGGGCCAGCGGCACGGGACCUUCCUGGUGCGCGACUCGUCCACCUGCCCCGGCGACUACGUGCUGUCGGUGUCGGAGAACGCGCGCGUCUCGCACUACAUCAUCAACUCGCUGCCCGGGCGGCGCUUUAAGAUCGGCGACCAGGAGUUCGAGCACCUGCCGGCCCUGCUGGAGUUCUACAAGGUCCACUACCUGGACACCACCACCCUGCUGGAGCCCGCGCCCAGGUAUCCACUGAUGGGUUCUGGUACUGGCUCAGGUGCAUCAGCUGCAGAGGAGAAUGUGGAAUAUGUUCGGACUCUUUAUGACUUUCCUGGUAACGAUGCGGAGGAUCUACCAUUUAAAAAGGGGGAGAUACUCGUCAUCGUAGAAAAACCUGAAGACCAGUGGUGGAGUGCCAGAAACAAAGAUGGGCGCAUCGGGAUGAUCCCUGUCCCUUACGUUGAGAAGCUUGUGAGAUCAUCUCCUCAUGGGAAACAUGGUGGUCGGAAUUCCAAUAGCUAUGGGAUUCCCGAGCCCGCUCACGCCUAUGCUCAGCCUCAGACCUCGAGUCCUCUUCCCAGUGCUACUCAUACGCCUGUCAUCAGCCCCUUGCCUUCAACCCAGAAUGGACCAGUCUAUGCCAAAGCCAUUCAAAAGAGGGUUCCCUGUGCUUAUGACAAGACUGCCUUGGCAUUGGAGGUUGGUGACAUUGUGAAGGUCACAAGGAUGAAUAUCAAUGGUCAGUGGGAAGGAGAAGUGCAUGGUAGAAAAGGGCUCUUCCCCUUCACACACGUCAAAAUAAUUGACCCUCAGAAUCCUGAUGAAAAUGAAUGACCUGCUGGCCCAUCUCUGCAUUGCUGCUUCCUUUUUCUGGCUAUCUUGAGCAUCAUUUGAAGUGUGAUGGUUGCUGAUGGCGCAUCCUAAGGAUUGCCAGUCACCCAUCUUUCCAUCUUGCAGUGAUUUCACAGCCCGACCACGCCUUUCUUGGGAACGCACCUGGUGGUCUGGCAUUUGCAGUUUCUCCUAGAAGGUUUUUGGAUUGUGAGCUGACUGUGGUGCUAUCUAGGCAGAGGGGGAGGGAUUGAGACAUCCAGUUCCUUCACUGAAAUGGAUAUUUUGCUCAGAAAGAGAAUUCUAAACAAUUUUGUCUAACUCCAACCAAUAAUAAAAAUGCAUUUUUAUGAGGCAUGGAAGACGAGAGCAUAUAAUCAUGUUAAACAAUUAGAAUAAUUAUGCCUUUAGGGAAUUAUUGAUGCUUCUGUGUCAUAAAGAGGUGGGGUUUUUUUUGAGUUUGCCAUUGAUUUAGAAUAAAUUGUAGCAAACUCUUUUGAAAACUACAUUUCCUCAUUGUCAUCUUUUUAUAACUAUGUAUAUAAUUGAUUCAUUUGCCAUAUACCUGCCUAAACCUGUUUGAUUCAGAUUUAUUUAGAUCUGAAAUAAUACUUCAGGCACUAAAUACAAUUUUUUAGAAGAAACUUACACAAGCUUUGAUGAAACUACACUUACCCCUUUAAAAUCAAAAGUUUUUUUAAAAGCAAAAACUAAGCAUUGAUAAUCAGUUACAGAGAAUGCAACAAUAACUCAAAGGAUAUUCCUGAGCCUUUGUUUUCUGCAUAGAGGCACAGGAGUACAAAGUCUUCAUAAAAUCAUUUCUCUGUGCUAAUUUUAAACACAAUAAAAUAUGGUAAUUAAGAAACUUGAA